AUGGAGGUGGCUUCCCCCUCGAUCCCGGGCGCGAACGGCGUCGCCUCGCCCUCGUCUGACCCCUCGAUCGAUCCCGUCCGCGUGCUCGACCAUAUAGCUCUGGUGUGCCAGAUAGCUCUGGGCGCCACGAAUGAGGAUCUCGAAAGUCCCGGCAGCUUGCUUCACAAGCACCGCUACUCCGACACCGUCCAGCGCUGCACCCGCUUCGCGACCGAUACACCGAACACACUGUACAUUCAGAAGGAUAUUCUCCCGGCAUCUACGAUACAGAAUGGAGAGGAGCUAAAGCCUCCGUCCUAUACAUACUCUCUGACCACCGAGAUCUCUUCGUCUCCGACGACCGUGUCGUCGCUCGUCCUGCUCAAGCAGCGACCUGGCCCCAUCGACCCUGCUCUCCCUCUCACCUCCCAGAUACUUCUCACUAAUCUCCCGGGUCCUGCCACUUUGAACGCCACCGCUGGCGAGCAGGGCCCCUCGACCUCGCCUUUUGAGAUUCUGCACUCUUAUGUUCAUAAUGCGCUGGCGCCGUAUUUCGAUGCCAACACCCGGAGCCAAAUCAGCAAUGGUGCCAGGGGAAGGGCGGAUGUGGAUUCCAAGACGGGCAUUCCCGUCACCAAGAAGAGAUGGAAUGACCUGGAGCUGAGCUUGCUUCACCUGCAGCAAAACGUCGAGAUCCCUGAGGUCUCUCUCAUGUUCCAUACUAUGGUGCAGAACGCGUUGGAGGAGGCCGAGUCGCGGCACGCCAAACCGACCCUCGAUCUUAUCCCCGGCACCGUUCUCUCAGACAGUACCUUCCUCAAUAGCCUGCAGAACAACGUGAACAGCUGGAUCAAGUCCAUUCAGGUUAUCACGAGGAUGACGAGGGAUCCUGCAGACAGCGCCAAAGAUUUCAAAUUUACUGCCAGCCAAGAGGUCAAUUUCUGGCUUUCUAUGGAGUCCGCCCUGGAGGGGAUUGAGGGACAGCUCCGCAGCGAGGGAGUCCUGCUGACCUUGGAGAUUCUCAAGCACGCGAAACGUUUCCAGGCGACAGUUAGUUUCACAGCCGAUACAGGUUUGAAAGAGGCCAUGGAAAAGGUCCAAAAGUACAACCAGCUCAUGAGAGAUUUCCCACUUGAUGAGCUUCUUUCUGCUACGUCCCUGUCCAAGGUCAAGGACGCCAUCUUGCAAAUUUUUGGCCACCUGAACCGGAAGCUGAGAAUCUGCCCCUACCCUAUCCGCAGGGCACUGCCACUGGUGGAAGCCAUCUCUGGUGAUUUAGACGAAGUUCUGCACCGACUCCUCCCGGGAAUGGAGCUUGUCAAUCUUGACUACUCCGAAUUUAAGGCCAUUAUGAAGUCCUGUGAUGACAUCUUCACAACUUGGGAUGAGAGCAUUAAGGAGUUCACUAAUGUAGCCCGUGAGGUUACGCGUCGCAGAAACGAAAAGUUCAUCCCUAUCAAAGUCAACCCCAAGCAUGGGGAACUCCAGGGACGGCUAAAGUAUGUCAGCACUUUCCGGGAUAACCACGAGCAGUUGCAGCGUACCAUUGUCAACGUCCUUGGCCCUAAGGCUACCGUAAGCGGUCUGACCGAAACCACCGGCACCAAUGGAGUUGUCGUCGUGGAAGAGAUGGGCGAUGUGGAUGCCGUAGAAGAAGUUAAGCAGGCAUGGGAGGCAUUGAAGAAUGUCGAUCUCCUCGAUGUGUCAGCUGAAGGCACGGAAAGAUGGGCCAAGGCGGAGAACAUGUACAACGAACGAACAUCUCGAGUCGAGAACUCCAUCAUUGCGCGACUUCGUGACCGUUUGGCCACUGCGAAGAAUGCCAACGAGAUGUUCCGCGUCUUUUCCAAGUUCAACGCACUGUUCGUGCGACCCAAGAUCCGCGGUGCCAUUGCCGAGUACCAAAACCAGCUCAUGGAGCAUGUCAAGCAAGCCAUUCACGGUUUACAUGAGCGCUUCAAGCAGCAGUACGGUCACUCCGAGGCUCACGCCAUGGCUCAGCUGCGUGACCUGCCACCCGUUUCUGGUGCCAUCAUUUGGGCUCGACAAAUUGAACAUCAGCUCGACAACUACAUGAAGAAGGUUGAGGACGUUCUUGGUGUCGAGUGGGCCAUCCACGCAGAAGGUCAGAAGCUUCAGAGCGAGAGCAACCUAUUCCGCAAGAAGCUGGACACACAGACAAUAUACAAGGCCUGGCUUGACGACGUCCAACGCCGCCAAAUUUCCAUCUCUGGCUUCCUCUUUGACAUCCGGCGUAUGAGGUCAACGGGUGGCAACUACGAGCUCCUGGUCAACUUCGACCCUCAGGUGAUCACUUUAUUCAAGGAAACAAGAAACCUCAAAUGGCAGAACUACGCCGUACCUCACUCCAUUAACAACGUUUCCAAGGAUGCCAAACGCGUUUAUCCGUUUGCGGUCAGUCUCAUGGAGAGCGUCCGUACUUUCUCACAGACAAUGCGCCAAAUCUCCGAGAUGGGCGAGGAGGCAGUCCUUGUGUACGGGUACAGGAACGAUGUCUAUGCCCUGGUGUCUAGAGGUGUUCCCCUCAGAUGGGAGUCUUUCGUCAAUUCACACGAGAUCUUCUUCUCCACCAAGAACAACACCGCUUUGCCGUCUGUUUCCGAAUUUGGACUCUCCAAGCCAUCUGAGAGCAAACACAGCCUCUUCAUUCGUGAAUUUGCUGCUGCCGUUUCCCUGUUGCAAGCGAAGACUGCUUCUCUGGCGUCGAUUCAUGCAAUUGUGGAGAAGGCUCUCUCGGAACUCAACACCUGCCCUUAUGAAGCAAGUGCCUUCACCUCGCGCUUGGAGACCAUACAGACCGCUGUUGACCAGCUCAACUUGGAGCAAUAUGUUAACCUGUCCUACUGGGUUGAAAACAUGAACCAGAAGCUUAAGGAGGUGCUUUUGACUCGCCUUCAAGACGCUAUUCUUGCGUGGAUUCAUGCUUUUGAGGAUGAGUACCUUGAUGAUGGCCGCCGCAAGCAGGUCACUGAAAAUGGCGAGGAGCCCAUACCCGAAGGACCAACAAUCAAGCGCUUGAUCCAUGAAUUGUCCAUGCGCAACCAGGUGAUUUAUCUGGACCCUCCUCUGGAAUUUGCUCGCUCGAGCUGGUUUGUGCAGUUGCACGACUGGUUGGGAAUCGUCUGUAACUUGAAGAAGAUUAAGGCCACACGUUACCAGAUGACUUUGACAACUACCACGCUGGACGAGCCCCGUUUCAACGACUUACCCGGCCAAUGCACAGAUCUGCUCAGCCGCGUCUAUGUAUCCGUUGAGAAGAAGCUUCAAGAAAUCAGCACCUACGUCGACAAGUGGCUCCAGUUCCAAUCACUUUGGGAUCUCCAGUCAGAGCAGGUGUACGAGGCUCUUGGUGAUCAGCUUGCCCGAUGGUUGCAGCUUCUCCAAGAGAUUCGAAAGACUCGCCAGACAUUCGACACGCAAGAAGUCAGCAGACAAUUUGGCCACAUCACGAUUGACUACGAUCAGGUUCAGACUAAGGUCAACGCUAAAUAUGACCAAUGGCAGCAUGAAAUCUUGAUGAAAUUCGCCAGCAGACUCGGCAACCGCAUGCGCGAAGUCCAUGCCGAGAUUGAAAAGGCCCGCCGAGACCUUGAAAGCCAAGGCUUGGAUGCCUCCUCCACUGCCCAAGCAGUCCAGUUUAUUACCGUUGUGCAGGCUUGUAGGCGUAAUGUUAAGCUCUGGGCACCCGAGAUUGAUAUGUUCAGGCAAGGACAGUCGACUCUUGUGCGACAACGCUACCAGUUCCCCAACGACUGGCUCCAUAUUGAGCAAAUCGACAGCUCUUGGGAGUCGUUGACUGAGAUCUUGGAGAAGAAGUCCAAGAUUGUUCAAGAUCAGACUGACGCGCUAAAGUCGAAGAUUAUUGCAGAGGAUAAGAUUGUGAAUGACAGGAUCGCCGAGGUUGCCGUGCAGUGGAACGACGAGAAGCCCGUUUCUGGUACUAUCCAGCCAGACGUUGCAUCUGCUACGCUGAGCUCCUUCGAGAGCAGAAUCUCCAAGCUGCAAUCCGACUUUGAGAUGGUUGCAAAGGCCAAGGAGGCUCUUGACAUUCCCGCUACCGCGGAUACCUCCCUGGGCACUAUUCUGGAAGAAGUUCAGGACUUUCAGUCCGUCUGGUCAAACCUGUCUACCAUCUGGGCCAGUCUUAACGAGACGAGAGAAAUCUUGUGGACGGCCGUUCAGCCCAGAAAGAUUCGUUCCAAGAUUGAUGACCUCAUCAAGAGCACUAAAGAGAUGCCCAGUCGUAUGCGUCAGUACGCUGCUUUUGAACACGUGCAAACCAUCCUUCGCGGUCUGCUGAAGGUCAACUCUCUACUCUCAGACCUCAAGUCUGAGGCUAUCCGCGAUCGACACUGGACCAAGAUUUACAAGCAGAUCAAGCCUGGCAAGCGUUACUCUCCCGUAUCCAUGACUCUUGGUGAUGUUUGGGACCUCAACCUUGUUGCUACCGAGGUUAUCGUCAAGGACAUCAUUGCUCAAGCUCAGGGCGAAAUGGCUCUGGAGGAGUUCCUCAAGCAAGUUCGCGAGACAUGGUCCAACUAUGGACUCGAGCUUGUCAAUUAUCAGAACAAAUGCCGUCUCAUUCGUGGCUGGGACGAUCUUUUUGCCAAGUGCAGUGAAAACUUGAACUCGCUCCAGGCCAUGAAGCAUUCUCCCUACUACAAGGAGUUCGAGGAGGAGGCCAACUCUUGGGAAGACAAGCUUAACCGAGUCCACGUUCUUUUCGAUGUCUGGAUUGACGUUCAGAGACAGUGGGUAUACCUGGAGGGCGUCUUCACUGGCAAUGCCGAUAUCAAACAUCUGCUACCGGUGGAGUCUUCCAGGUUCCAGAACAUCAACAGCGAGUUCUCUGCUGUCAUGAAAAAGGUCUACAAGCAACCAUACGUCCUGGAUGUUCUCACCAUCCCCAACGUUCAGAAGUCUCUUGAGAGACUCGCCGAGCUACUCAACAAGAUCCAAAAGGCUCUUGGAGAAUACCUCGAGAAAGAACGUGUCUCCUUCCCUAGAUUCUAUUUCGUUGGUGAUGAGGAUCUUCUCGAGAUGAUUGGUAACAGCAAUGAUACUCUGCGUAUUGCCAAGCACUUCAAGAAAAUGUUUGCUGGUCUCUCAGGACUGGUUAUGGAAGACGAAACCAUCAUCUCGGGGUUCACUUCAAAGGAGGGUGAAGUCGUACGCCUAAAGAAGGAAAUUUCUCUGGCCAAAACACCCAAGAUCAACGACUGGCUUGCCCUUCUGGAGAGUGGCAUGAAGAACACCCUCGCAGAGCUCCUUGCGGAAGCUAUAGAGCAUUACACUCCCAUCUUCGAGUCUGACAAGAUUGAGAUGUCUGCGAUGAACGAGUUCAUGGAGGCCUUCCCCAGUCAAAUUGUUGUCCUUGCUACCCAAGCUGUCUGGACGACCGUCGUUGAGAAGUCCCUUGCUGAGGGCGGUAAGACGUUGCAAUCACUCUACGAGCGCGAGGUCCAGGUCCUUCGGCUCCUCGCGGACACUGUACUCGGAGAUCUUGAGAUUAUCCAACGCAAGAAGUGCGAGCAGUUGAUCACCGAGUGCGUCCACCAGCGGGACGCCAUCGAGAAGCUCAUCAACCUUAACGCGACAGCGCCGACUCACUACUUCUGGUUGCUUCAGAUGCGCUAUGUCUACGCUCCUGAGGGCGACUUCCUUCAGCGUCUGCAAAUCAAGAUGGCUAACGCCACGCUCAGCUACGGCUUUGAGUAUCUCGGAGUUCCUGACCGCCUUGUCAGAACACCUCUCACAGACCGAUGCUUCCUUACUCUUACUCAAGCCCUGUGCCAGCGGUUGGGUGGAUCACCAUAUGGCCCUGCCGGAACCGGUAAAACAGAAUCAGUCAAGGCUCUCGGUCUUCAGCUUGGUCGCUUCACUUUGGUUUUCUGUUGUGACGACACUUUCGAUUUCCAAGCUAUGGGUCGUAUCUUCCUUGGUAUCUGCCAAGUUGGUGCAUGGGGUUGUUUCGACGAGUUCAACCGUCUCGAAGAAAGAAUUUUGUCUGCUGUUUCGCAGCAAAUUCAAAAUAUUCAGCUUGGUCUGAAACAGGGUGCGGAGGACGAUAAGGCCCAGAUUGAGCUUGUCGGGCGGCAGCUUCAUGUCAAUGCCAACACCGGCAUCUUCAUCACUAUGAACCCCGGCUAUGCCGGUCGUUCCAACCUGCCCGACAACUUGAAGAAGCUUUUUCGCAGUGUCGCCAUGUCCAAGCCAGACAAGGAGCUCAUCUCCGAAGUUAUGCUGUACUCUCAGGGUUUCAACCAAGCCAAGCAGCUGUCCAAACAAACAGUACCCUUCUUCGACCAAUGCUCUGCUAGAUUGUCGAAGCAAGCUCACUAUGACUUUGGUCUUCGUGCACUGAAGAGUGUUCUCGUCAGCUCUGGAGGCUUGAAGCGUGCUCGACUGGCUGCUAGUGACGGCAGCAUCGGUGCCGAAGAGGUUGUAGAGCCAGAAAUCAUUGUGCAGAGUAUUCGGGAGACCAUCGCUCCCAAACUUAUCAAGAGUGAUGUUGAGAUUCUUUCCGAGGUUGAGGAGGCGUGCUUCCCCGGCGUCCAGUAUGUCCCCGCCAGCUUGGAGAAGCUACAAGAGGCCAUUAGAACCCUUGCUGCCGAGAGACAGCUGGUUGUCAACGAGACCUGGAUGACAAAGGUGCUUCAACUGUACCAGAUUCAGAAUAUCCACCACGGUGUGAUGAUGGUGGGUGACUCUGGCACGGGUAAAUCCGCUGCUUGGACCCUUCUGCUCGAUGCUCUUCAGAAGGUUGAAGGAGUCGAGGGUGUACACCAUGUCAUUGACUCCAAGGUCAUGUCCAAGGAGGCGCUGUACGGAAACCUUGACUCCACCACUCGUGAGUGGACAGAUGGUCUAUUUACGAGUAUUCUUCGAAAGAUCGUCGAUAACCUCAGAGGCGAGGAUUCCAAGCGUCACUGGAUCGUCUUUGAUGGUGAUGUCGACCCCGAAUGGGUUGAGAACUUGAACAGUGUAUUGGACGACAACAAGCUCCUUACCUUGCCCAAUGGUGAGCGUCUCAACUUGCCUUCCAACGUCCGCAUCAUGUUUGAAGUCGAGACCCUGAAGUACGCGACUCUAGCCACCGUUAGUCGUUGCGGUAUGGUCUGGUUCAGUGACGACACUGUGUCGCCUAACAUGAUGCUCGAGCAUUACUUGGAGACUCUCCGCUCCAAGCCGUUCGAAGACCUAGACGAAGACAGCGUCGCGGCCGGUCAAAGCCCUGCGAAGGCUCUGGCGGUUCAGUCACAGGUUGCCGACCUGCUCAAUGCCUACCUCACCGAUGAGGACUUCCUCCUCCAGGCUCUUAACGAAGCCAAGGGUUUCAACCACAUUAUGGACUUCACGGUCGCUCGUGUUCUCAACACCCUGUUCUCUCUUUUGAACAAGGCUGUGCGCGAUAUGAUCGAGUACAAUGCUCAGCAUUCUGAUUUCCCCUUGGACCCUGAGCAGGUGGAGGCCUUCAUAUCCAAGAAGCUUCUUCUUGCUUUGGUUUGGGCCCUGACUGGCGACUGCCCGCUCAAUGAUAGGAAGUCUUUUGGAGAUGUCGUCGGUGGCCUUGCUAGCUUCGGAAACCCUCCUUUGGACGGUGCCAGCUCACUUAUUGACUUCGACGUAACCCUGCCCAAGGCCGAAUGGGCCCCCUGGCAAAACCAAGUGCCCACCAUUGAGGUUAACACUCACUCCGUUACCCAGACGGAUGUCGUCAUCCCGACUCUUGAUACUGUCCGCCAUGAGGACGUUCUCUACUCGUGGCUGGCUGAACACAAGCCGUUGCUCCUUUGCGGUCCUCCCGGUUCGGGUAAGACUAUGACGCUCUUCAGCGCUCUUCGCAAGCUUCCCAACAUGGAGGUUGUCGGUCUCAACUUCUCAAGCGCCACUACCCCUGAUCUACUUAUCAAGACCUUUGAGCAAUACUGCGAGUACAAGAAGACAUUGAACGGGGUCAUGCUCUCGCCUACCCAGAUUGGCAGGUGGCUCGUCAUCUUCUGCGAUGAAAUCAAUUUGCCUGCCCCUGACAAGUACGGAACUCAAAGAGCCAUUUCUUUCCUCCGUCAGCUUGUUGAGCAUAACGGAUUCUGGAGAACCUCGGACAAGUCCUGGGUUACUCUUGAUCGUAUUCAGUUCGUUGGUGCCUGUAACCCGCCCACCGAUGCAGGCCGUACACCCUUGGGUGCCAGGUUCCUCCGACAUGCCCCUCUCAUCAUGGUGGAUUAUCCUGGAGAGCUUUCCCUGCUUCAAAUCUAUGGCACGUUCACCUCUGCCGUUCUCAAGAUCAUCCCGUCGCUCCGAGGCUACUCUGAGCCGCUUACGCAAGCAAUGGUUAAAUUGUAUCUUGAGUCGCAGCAACGUUUCACGCCAAAGAUCCAACCUCACUACGUGUACAGUCCCCGUGAGCUAACGAGAUGGGUGCGAGGUAUCUAUGAGGCCAUUAGGCCUCUGGAGACGCUAUCUAUCGAAGGCCUCGUACGCAUCUGGGCACACGAAGCUUUGCGACUCUUCCAGGAUCGUCUCGUUGCCGAAGAUGAGCGCCAGUGGACAGAGGAUGCCGUUCGGCGCAUUGCUCUGGAGCUCUUCCCUACUAUUGACGACCAGAAGGCCUUGGGUGGUCCCAUCCUCUUCUCCAACUGGCUCUCGAAGAACUAUGUUCCCGUUGACCGGGAGCAGCUUCGAGACUUUGUUAAGGCCAGACUGAAGACUUUCUGCGAGGAGGAGGUCGACGUGCCACUCAUCCUAUUCAACGAUGUACUGGAGCACGUCCUUCGCAUCGAUCGUGUCUUCAGACAACCGCAGGGCCAUCUUAUCCUUAUCGGUGUCAGUGGUAGUGGAAAAACCACGUUGUCUCGUUUUGUCGCAUGGAUGAACGGUCUCAAGGUCUUCCAAAUCAAGGUGCACGGCAAGUACUCUGCUGAAGACUUUGACGACGAUCUGAGAGAUGUUCUCCGGCGCUGUGGUUGCAAGGGCGAGAAGAUUUGCUUCAUUAUGGACGAAUCCAACGUUCUCGACUCCGGUUUCCUGGAGAGAAUGAACACUCUGCUUGCCAACGCCGAGGUUCCUGGUCUCUUUGAGGGAGACGAGUUUGCCGCUCUCAUGACAGCCUGCAAAGAAGGUGCUCAGCGACAAAACCUGCACCUCGACUCACCUGAGGAGCUUUACAAGUGGUUCACUCAGCAAAUCGUCAAGAACUUGCACGUGGUGUUCACCAUGAACCCGCCCGAGGACGGUCUUGGAUCCAAGGCCGCAACCAGUCCAGCCUUGUUCAACCGUUGCGUGCUCAACUGGUUUGGUGACUGGUCUGAUCAGGCCCUCUACCAAGUCGGCCACGAACUUACCACUUCCAUGGAUCUUGAUCGUCCCAACUUCCAGGCGCCAGACACUAUCCCCGUGGCCUACCGCGGUCUCAGCUUGCCUCCUACCCACCGCGAGACAAUCGUCAACUCCAUGGUCUACAUCCACUACUCCCUCCAGCGGUUUAACGCCAAGCUCCUCAAGCAACAAGGCAAAGUCACCUUCCUCACGCCCAGACAUUUCUUGGACUUCGUCGCCCAGUAUGUCAAAUUGUACAAUGAGAAGCGUGAGGACUUGGAGGAGCAACAGCGCCAUCUUAACGUUGGUCUCGAGAAGCUCAGGGACACCGUCGACAAGGUUCGCGACCUCAGAGUCAGCCUUGCUGAGAAGAAGACGCAGCUCGAGAAGAAGGAUGCCGAGGCCAACGAGAAGCUCCAGCGCAUGGUUGCUGACCAGAGAGAGGCUGAGCAGAGGAAGAACACCUCUUUGGAGAUUCAGGCCGCUUUGGAAAAGCAAGAGGCCGAAGUUGCAUCGAGAAAGAAGAUUGUGUUAGAGGAUCUGGCGAAGGCCGAGCCCGCUGUCGAGGAGGCAAAGGCCAGUGUUAGCAACAUCAAACGUCAGCACCUCACCGAAGUCCGAUCCAUGGGUAACCCUCCCCAAGGUGUCAGAUUGGCACUCGAGUCUGUGUGCGCCCUACUUGGCCACAAGGUCAAUGACUGGAGAAUGAUCCAGGGUAUCAUCCGUCGCGACGAUUUCAUUGCCAGCAUUGUCAACUUCGACAACGAAAAGAAUAUGACCAAGGCUCUGCGUGUCAAGAUGCGCAACGACUUCUUGUCGAACCCCGAGUUCACUUUCGACAAGGUUAACCGCGCCAGUAAGGCCUGUGGUCCCCUGGUGCAGUGGGUUGAAGCACAGGUCUCGUACUCAGAGAUUCUGGACCGGGUCGGCCCUCUCAGAGACGAGGUCGGCCAGCUCGAGGAGCAAGCUCUGCAAACGAAGGCGGAGGCCAAGGCUGUUGAGAACACCAUUAGCACUCUCGAGUCCAGCAUUGCCCAAUACAAGACGGAGUACGCUGCUCUUAUCAGCGAAACCCAGGCCAUCAAGACUGAGAUGUCCAAGGUUCAGUUCAAGGUCGACCGCAGUGUCAAGCUGCUUGACAGUCUGUCCUCUGAGAGAGUCCGUUGGGAAGAGGGCAGCAAGUCUUUCGAGACCCAAAUUAGCACCCUCGUUGGCGACGUCCUUGUUGCCGCCGCAUUUUUGGCUUACAGCGGUCUUUAUGACCAGACUUUUAGAAAGUCGAUGAUGGACGACUGGCUGCACCAGCUCCAGCUCUCUGGGGUCCAAUUCAAGCCUCACAACCCAGUCACUGAGUACCUGUCAACCGCCGAUGAGCGGCUGAGCUGGCAGGAGAACAGUCUGCCUGUGGACGACCUCUGCACAGAGAACGCCAUCAUCCUUAAGCGAUUCAACCGUUACCCUCUCAUCAUCGAUCCUUCCGGCCGAGUCACCGAAUUUUUGCAGAAGGAGAGCAAGGAACGCCGCUUGACUGUCACCAGUUUCCUCGACGAUUCCUUUACCAAGCAAUUGGAGAGUUCGCUGCGAUUUGGCAACCCCAUUCUCAUCCAAGAUGCGGAGUAUCUCGACCCUAUUCUCAACCAGGUCUUGAACAAGGAAUAUCAAAAGACUGGUGGACGUGUUCUCAUUCAGCUUGGCAAGCAGCAGAUUGACUUUUCGCCUUCCUUCAAGAUCUACCUGUCGACUCGUGACCCGUCUGCAACGUUCCCUCCCGACAUCUGCUCUCGUACUACCUUUGUCAACUUCACAGUCACCCAGAGCAGUCUCCAGACCCAGUCACUUAACGAUGUGCUCAAGUCAGAGAGGCCGGAUGUUGAUGAGCGACGAUCCAACCUCAUCAAGCUUCAGGGAGAGUUCAAGAUCCAUCUCAGACAGUUGGAGAAACGUCUUCUGCAGGCUCUCAACGAGUCUCGCGGUAACAUUCUUGACGACGACAACGUCAUCGAGACCUUGGAGACUCUGAAGACAGAAGCCGCCGAGAUUUCAGACAAGAUGAGCAAUACCGAGGGCGUCAUGGCCGAGGUCGAGGAGAUUACACAGCAGUACAGUAUCAUUGCCCGCUCCUGUAGUACUGUCUUCGCUGUACUGGAGCAACUUCAUUACCUCAACCACUUCUACCAGUUCUCGCUCCAAUACUUCCUCGACAUUUUCCACUCCGUCCUUCACGGCAACAAGAACCUCGCCAAUGAAACCAAUCACAACAUCCGACGAGACAUCAUCGUCAAAGAUCUUUUCGUCACUACAUUCAGGCGAACUGCUCUUGGCCUGCUUCAAAAGGACCGUAUCACGCUAGCUAUGCUGCUCGCCCAGGCUUCGCCUUACAAGAUGGACAAGACUCUGAUUGAUAUCAUCCUUGACGACCGCGUAGAGGGCAAGGACCUCUCUACAGACAAGGAUGCCAGAGAAGAGGCGUGUGCCCGGGCUGCUCGUAUGAACGUGCUCAAGGACAAGCUUGACCACAUCACUCCUGAACAGUGGGAAAAGUUCUUCUCGGAAGAGCUUGCAGAGAACUUUGUCCCGAAGAUCUGGGACGAUAAUGCCGAGCCUUUCGACCAGGCGUUGCAGUCUUUGCUCCUCGUCAAGUUGUUCCGUCUCGACAGAUUUGUUCCGGCAGCUGAGCGGUUUGUUACCCUCGUCUUUGGCACAGACAUCUUCGACGUUGUCGAGGAUCUCAAGGAAACUGUCAGUCAGGUACCUGCAACCCGACCUAUCUCUCUGGUCUCCAGCCCUGGCUUCGACGCCAGUUACAAGGUGGACAACCUCGUUGAGAGAAUGCGCGUCAAGUGCACCAACAUUGCUAUGGGCUCCAACGAAGGACUCGCGAGCGCCGACAAGGCCAUCAGCAAUGCCGCACAGCUCGGCAAUUGGGUCCUGGUCAAGAACGUCCAUCUUGCCCCCACUUGGUUGCAAAGUCUGGAGAAGCGCAUGGAGUCGCUCAACCCUCACUCCGACUUCAGGUUGUUCCUGUCAAUGGAGUCAAGUCCCAAGAUACCCGUCAAUCUGCUCCGCGCUUCCAGAGUACUCAUGUAUGAGCAGCCCGCUGGCGUGCGCGCCAACAUGAAGGACUCCAUGUCCUCGCUGUCCACAAGGUCCACCAAGGCUCCUGUCGAGCGCACGAGACUCUAUUUGCUGCUCGCUUUCCUGCACGCUGUUGUCCAAGAACGUCUUCGCUACGCCCCCAGCCUUGGCUGGAAGGGCUUCUGGGAGUUUAAUGAUAGUGACUACGAAUGCUCUGCAUUUAUCAUUGAUACCUGGAUCGAGAACGCCGCCGGCAACCGCACAAACAUCGCCCCUCAGAGCAUUCCUUGGGAGAUGAUCCGUUACCUUGUCACAGAAACCUACGGUGGCAAGAUUGACAACGAGGGCGACUUCAAACAGCUCAAUGAGCUAGUCCAUUCCUUCCUGACGCCUUCGGCCUAUGACGUCGGGCACAAGCUCGUCGAAGGUGCUGAGGGUCAGGAGAGCAGCCUCGAAGUGCCUUCAGGUACCUCCCUACAGGAUUUCAUGGCAUGGAUCCACAAGUUGCCCGAGCGUGAGCCGCCUACUUACCUCGGCCUGCCAGCCAACGCGGAGAAGCUGCUCCUUGUUGGUCUCGGAAAGAGUCUUAUUGGCAACUUGAAGAAGGUUACCGAGUUAUUGGAGGAGGGUGAACAGUUGAUGGUUGAAGCCUAG